AUGGCAACAAUACAAGAAUAUUUAAGUAAUAAAUAUCCAACUAAAAAAGAUAGAGAACAAGUUACAGAGAUUAAUGAAUUACACGUUAAUAAAAACUAUUUAGAAUCUUCAAUAACUAAACUAAUCUUAGGCAAUAAGCCAAAAUUGACUUAUCUUGGUUGCUAUGAUAAUCAAUUAACCACUCUCGAUUUAAGCCAAUGCUUUAAAUUAGCUGAACUUAAUUGCUCCGAUAAUCUACUAACCUCAAUUGACUUCUUAAAAACUUUACCUCAUCCAGAAAAAUUAAGAGAAUUACGCCUUUCUAACAAUAAUAUUGAGAAAACUACUUUAGAAUUUUUACGACCUUUUGUUAAUCUUUUUACUCCUGCCCUAACUCUAGGAAAUAACAAAUCAGAAAGGUACGAAAAAGGCAUUUACAACCGUUUCUAUGGUAGCCUAGAACCAUUAAGAAAUAUGACUAAAUUAAGAGGACUGAAUAUUGAGGGCACCGAUAUAGAAGAGGGUUUAGAGUAUUUACCGAUUACUAUAGGCGAACCUCUCAAAUGUUCUCCCAAACUUCCCAAUCAAAAAGUAGCCAAAAUUCAAAAUGAACUAAAACCUUUCAAAUUUAAAAAACCAGAAACAUUAAUUUACUAUCUUAUCGAAAAUGAAAACACUAAAACAAUUAAAAUAACCGGUUUAGAAACCCAAAUUGAAACCUUGGAAGAAGAAUUGGACACUGAAAGAGACCACAGCCAAGAUAUCGAUAGAUGA